CCGAUAUUGUCGGAAAAAUUUGUUAACCAUAUUUGUGUUUAAGUGAAUAUCUAAGAGACAACAGUAACUAUGUUGCGUGGUUUAAUCAUUUUUUGUUUGAUUACGGGAACUUUUACUUCCGGCCCAUUCUAUCGUGGUCGCUGUCCAUCGCCAACAGUAGAGCCAGUAGAUUUAGAAAGAUACGCCGGAGAGUGGCGCGAAUAUCAAACAAAUCAAAAUAAUUGGGAUAAUGCAUCAAGAUGCACUACAUCCUUUUGGACGAAGCCUGAAAACGAAGUUUCUACAGUGUUCGUCACUGGAAUACCUACGAUUGGUGGUGACAACUCAACAAUAAUUGGUAAAGGAGCUAAUAAUGAUCGUAAUUUAGGAGUAACUUUCCAUUUUCCUGUUUUGGGUGCAUUAUAUGACGAAUACUGGGUUCUCAAUACCGACUAUGAAAAUUAUUCCAUUACUUUUGCUUGUACAGACCAUGGAUUGUUUUCUACUAUAAAACUUUACAUAUUUACAAGAGAAAAAGUACCUGCACUUGAUGUUCAAAAAAUUGGCGAAGAGACCUACAAAAAUUAUGGACUUCCUAUAGAACCUAUGGUAACAAUCGAUCAGAAUAAUUGUCCGGAUAUUUAUUAAUUUUAAUAGAACUAUUUUUUGUUCUUUUCUAUUAAUGAAUUUUUCGCGUUCAUUAACACUGUGUCAGUUUUCAAAUCAAAUUGUUAUUUAAUUUUAUUUUCAGUAAAUAAUAAAUUUAUUUACCGAAUAAUUUUUUAUAUUCAAGUAAUACAAUUUGAAUAUUUAUGUGCGUUCUUAAAAGAAUAUCAUAUUUUAUCAACCUAAUUAUGUUUUUUAUCACGCUCGCAAUUAAAAAGCUGAAGCUAUUGCAUGAUAACAAUUACUGUAAUUAUCUAUUACGUAUAGUCAUUUUUUUUUUGUGACCAUCGUAUGUGCAACCAGCUAAAUAAAGUUUUUGUUCAACGUAAUUUUGUUAAGUUAAU